AUGGAGCCAGCUCAAGGGAAACGGCGAAAGAUUAGCCCCCGUUUUGGCUUCCCAAAAUUCAACACACCCUGUUCUCAAAGCUCCAGGCCAGGUCCUCCAGAGCAACCCAUGCGUACCGAUCAUCUUGAGACCAGGCGAGCCCUCGCUGUUGGUAACCUGUUGAAUGAAAAUCCUGGGGGGGGCCAGAUUCAUGAGAGUGAUGGGCCGGAUCGGGGAAAUCCUUCGCGUGAUGAGACCACCGGCUUUAGCCCGACAAGACUGACCAACUCGGGCCCUUCUUCUGCUGAGAAGAGCGACGGACCGGCUAAUGCUGGGAAUGGGAGGCCUGGUUCACCUCAAGGGACUGCCGGUGACGCGACUAAAUCUAGUUAUAAGAGACCCCAUGUUGAGGCAGAGAGUGGAACAGGCAGCAACUGUCAAGAUGAGUACCGAUCGACAGGCUUACUCUCGGAGGGACCCAAAAUUGCCGGGAGCGACCUGGCACGACUAAAGGAAUCAGAAGCAGCAGAGAAAGAUGGUGUGUCAGGACAGGACAAGGUCACAGAACCUCCAGUUGAUCAAGAGGCGAAUUCCGCAGGGACAGGACGAACCGCCUAA